AUGGAUCGACAUAUGGAUCCGAUAUCGGCGUUGUCUUCGAUGGCAGCCAAUGCUGGAAGUGAUGAGAAGUUCACUUUCGUGAAUAUCAAGCAAUUAUCUGAAGCUUUACUCGAUGUCCACAACUGGUCCGCACUCUGUGUGACGAGUAAGAGAUGUGUUGACGCCAUAGAGUUAGCCAUCAGUUAUGAUCACAAUAUCAUUGAUUUGUGGAUCAAAAACAAUAAGAAGGUAUUUGUAGUCGGAAUCAAGUCUUACGAGUACCUCAAAGAAAGACUUGAAUGGGAGGCCAUUGGAAGUGAUGGUGGAAAUGGAGAUAAUUUGGCACAACUUAUGGUCAAUGAAUACAGGGAUGAGUUGAUGGCCAAAGAAGUGUUGUUUCCGUGCAGUGAAUCCAGAAGUGAUUCUUUGCCGCAAUCUCCAUCGGGCCUUAAAUCUGUUUAUCCUUUCCUAACGGAUCAGUUGAUUAGAAAUGAGAAAAUUAGAGACAAUUAUGAUGUGAAAUAUGUAGCCAUCGGCGGCACAACCGGUGCGGCUCUGCAACAGUUGGCACUCGAUCGCUCGAAGACACCGGAAGUGAAGUCACCGCUAAGACUGAGACUCGAGAGUUGGCUCAACAAAAACAUGAAGAUCCUGAUGAGCGACGGCCGGACUUUAGUGGGAAUAUUCCUCUGCACCGAUAGGGACAGGAAUGUCAUUCUCGGCUCUUGUCUCGAAUACCUCAAACCCAAUGAAGACGGAUCCGCGGAAGAGCCCCGAGUGCUGGGACUGGCGAUGAUUCCCGGCCAACAUAUCGUCUCUAUUCAUGUGGACAGCCCUUCCUAUUAA